AGUGGCGGGGUUCGCGGGCUUGGUUGUACCGGGAAGGUGCUCUGAGGCUGGAAGUAGGAGUUGCAGGUGGCAGGAGGGCGCUUCGGUGACUGCAGUCUUCACGGCCGGGCGGGCUGCUGCGGGAUCGGGAGCUGCCUUCGCGUCUCCUGCACCGGGGCGACUGUGCACGCUGGCUCCCUGCCUGGCCCUCGGCCCCAGCGCUGCACCGGCAGACCUGGGCGCGCCUCGGGUUCCUGGGCGCCGGGCCCAGCUCUUUGGAGGACCAUGUCAUUGGAGUUUGGCAGUGUAGCCCUGCAGACACAGAAUGAAGAUGAAGAAUUUGACAAAGAAGACUAUGAGAGGGAAAAAGAGUUACAGCAGCUACUCACAGACCUCCCUCACGACAUGCUGGAUGAUGACCUCUCCUCUCCUGAGCGCCAUGAUUCGGACUGCAGUGUGGACGGCCUAGUGGGAGAACUGCGUCCUUCUGAGCAACUGGAGAGGAAGUGGAUGGAGCGUGACUAUGACGUACUGCCCACAUCUCACAUCGUGAAUUGUGGCAAUGGCUGGGAAGAAAAUCGAAGUAAAACUGAAGCCCAGCAUCUUGGGUACCAUCCCGGAGAAGGCGGGGAUGAGGGCGGAAGUGGCUACAGCCCUCCAAGUAAACACGAGGCGGCAGAUUUGUAUCGCCUUCCUGAAGAUUUUAGGCCGUACACCGGUGGUCAGAAGCAGGAAUUUCACAAGCAGGCAGCUGGAGUCAUUACCUUUUCAGAUCCUCAGAGGGACAAGUUUCAGCAAUUUGGUUCAUCUCAGGGACCCAGCUGUCAAGCUUUGGAGCCAUAUAAAGCAAUCUAUAAACCUUACCAAUCUUCUGGCCAGAGCGGUAGCUCACCAGCCCAGGAGAUGGCAGCAAGUGACAUGUUUGAAGGCCUGCAGCAACAAUUUUUAGGAGCUAAUGAAACAGACUCUGCAGAAAAUAUACAUAUUAUUCAACUCCAGGUUCUUAACAAAGCGAAGGAGAGACAACUGGACAGCUUAGUUGAAAAGCUGAAUGACAGUGAACGCCAGAUUCGGUAUCUGAACCACCAGCUUCUAAUAAUCCAAGAUGAGAAGGAUGGCUUGACCCUCAGCCUUCGGGAAUCCCAGAAACUCUUUCAGAAUGGAAAGGAAAGGGAGAUCCAGCUUGAGGCACAGAUAAAAGCGCUAGAGACCCAGAUCCAAGCAUUCAAAGUCAGUGAAGAAAAGUUGACCAAGAAGGCCAGAACCACUGAAGUCACUCUGGAGAGCCUAAAACAGCAGCUGGUGGAGCUCCAUCAUUCUGAAUCCCUUCAGCGAGCCCGGGAACAGCACGAGAGCAUUGUCACGGGCCUCACACAGAAGUACGAAGAGCAGGUGCUAUCCUUACAGAAGAAUUUGGAUGCGACCCGAACUGAACUUCAGGAGCAGGAAAGCGUUUGCGCUCGUUUAAAGGAUCACGUGCAGCAGCUGGAGAGGAAUCACGAAGCUGUCAAAUUAGAGAAGACUGAGCUCAUUAACAGGCUGACGAGAAGUCUAGAGGACAGUCAGAAGCAGUGUGCCCACCUGCUGCAGUCAGGCUCCAUGCAGGAGGUGGCUCAGCUACAGCUACAGUUGCAGCAAGCACAGAAGGCCCACAUCUUAAGUGAGAGCAUGAAUAAGGCUUUGCAAGAGGAAUUAACAGAGCUUAAAGCUGAGAUUUCUCUCUAUGAGUCUGCUGCAGACCUCGGAGUACUUCCAGGUGACUCAGAAGGGGACUUGAGUAUAGAGCUCACUGAAUCGUGUGUGGACUUGGGCAUUAAAAAAGUCAAUUGGAAACAAUCCAAAGCUAACAGUACUGCACAGCAAGAAGCCCCAAAGGAAGAGCUUUCGAAGGAUGAGCUUAUCUUGAAGUUGAAAGCUCAAGUUCAGCACUUGCUGAAUAGCAACUCCGUGAAGCGUCAUCUGGUGUCUCAGCUACAGAGAGAUCUCAAAGACUGCCGUGGGAUAACAGAAGCUCUCCAGCAGUCGAAGGAUGGCUACAAAGGCAUGGAGACUAAAACAGAUACCUCUGAAAAAACAGCUGAUCAGUUAUGGCUUGAUUCUUCUGAGGCAAUUGUCAGAGAAGAUAUUGUGCGUCUGAAAAAUGAAGUUCAAGUUUUACAGCAACAGAACCAGGAACUUAAAGAAGCUGAAGAGAAGCUGAGAAGUACAAACCAAGACUUGUGUAAUCAGAUGAGGCAGAUGGUACAGGACUUUGACCACGAUAAGCAGGAGGCUGUGGCUAGGUGUGAGAGAACUUACCAGCAGCACCACGAAGCCAUGAAGGCUCAGAUUCGAGAGAGCCUUUUAGCGAAGCACGCUGUGGAGAAGCAGCAUCUCUUUGAGGUCUAUGAGGGGACCCAGUCACAGCUCAGGUCUGACCUCGAUAAGAUGAACAAGGAGAUGGCUUCUGUGCAGGAGUGUUACCUGGAAGUAUGCCGAGAAAAGGAUGAGCUGGAAUCUGCUCUCAGGAAGACCGUGGAAAAGGCUCAGGAGCAAAAGAGGCAGCUUUUGGAAGACAGAGAAGAGUAUGUAGGCAAACUGAAGUUAGAACUUGAAGAGAAGUACCAAGAAACUCUUAAGACGGCGAAACAGAACUGGCUGAAAGAGCAAGAAGCUGGCGUUAAAGAGCGGGCCGAGGAAGAGAACAGGCAAAACCUCAUUCAACAGCUGGAAAAGGAGUUGCGGUCCAAACUGAACCAUAGUGUAAAGACCCUGAGAAAGGCAACUGCUGACUCUGGCAGUCAGACCGACCAGGUAGCCCUUCCGGAUGCCGUGGCUAAGGCAGAAGCAGCGGUCCUGGCAGAGGAGCAGGCUCGCAAGGUCCAGCGGGAGUUGGAGCAGGAGAAGGAGAUUGCUGUCAAGGAAGCUUUGAGAAAGCUUGAAGUUGAGUUGGAGCUCAAGUACUGUGAGAGUAUUACGCAACAGGUGGAAACAGCUGUGCAGAAUGCCCGCAGUCGCUGGCUACAGGAGCUGCCCAAGCUUGCAGAGUACAAGGCACUGCUGAGAACCCAGCAGCAGGAGUGGGCGGAGCAGCAGGAGCUGGUGGUGGCCCAGAGGCUGUCACUUGUACUCUCUGAAGCUAAAGAGAAAUGGAAAAGUGAGCUUGAAAAUAUGAAGCCACAUGUAAUACCUGUCAAGGAACUGGAAGAGAAAAUUCAGUCUCUCCGGAAGGAACUGGAGUUGAAGGAUGAGGAAGUCCCUGUGGUUGUCAGGGCUGAGUUGGCUAAGGCCCGAACUGAAUGGAACAGAGAAAAACAGGAAGAAAUCCAUAGGAUUCAAGAACAAAAUGAGGAAGAUUAUCGGCAGUUUUUAGAUGAUCAUCGGAAUAAAAUUAAUGAAGUGCUUGCGGCAGCUAAAGAGGACUUUGAGAAGCAGAAAAUUGAGCUACUUCUUCAGAAGGAUACAGAGUUCCAAGCAUGUCUGGACCAGAGUCGCAGGGAGUGGACACUGCAGGAGGCCGAGCGGACGCAACUGGAAAUCCGUCAGUAUGAGGAUGACAUCCUCACUGUGCUGGAGUUCCUCCUAAGGGACACCCAGAAGGAGUUUGCUGGUCACUCCCAGGGCAGGCAGCUUUUGGAAGUCAUGUCAGUUUGUUCUUCAAAAUGGGUAUCUGUGCAGUAUUUUGAGAAAGUAAAAGCCUGCAUACAAAAAGCACUUCAAGAUAUGCUGCCCUUGCUCACAGACAGUAUUGUCUCCGAGUGGAAAAAGAGAAAUGUAGUCAAGACCUCUGCAGAUCCUGUCGGCUGGAACACUGGCCAGGGAGACCCUGGAGUCCCAGCAUCCUUUCCUGUCUGCACCUCUGGACGCUGUGCCCAGCCCUUGGCCUUGCCAGAAGCAGGAGCGGAAACUGAUAAAAAGAUCUUUGAAAUUAAAGAUUGGUGCUGUGGACACUGCUUCCGAGAACUUGAAAGGGAAACGCAGGAGUGUCGAGAUCUGAAAAGGAAGCUGGAGAAGUGCCAUAGUCACCUUCAGCAUUUAGAAAGGACGCACAAGGCUGCAGUGGAGAAACUUGGAGAAGAGAACAGCAGAGUGGUUGAAGAAUUAAUAGAAGAAAACAAUGACAUGAAGAAUAAAUUGGAAGCAUUGAGGGGCCUUUGCAGAUCACCACCACGGUCACUGUCUGAAGGAGCCAUUGAGAGCGAGUGGCUGCCAUGCAGUAGGCAGGCCUUGGAAGAACUCCGUGGACAGUACAUUAAAGCGGUCAAAAAAAUUAAACGUGAUAUGCUUCGAUACAUUCAGGAGAGCAAGGAAAGAGCCGCAGAAAUGGUGAAGGCGGAAGUGUUGCGGGAACGGCAGCACACUGCCCGCAAGAUGCGCAAGUAUUAUCUGACUUGCCUUCAGCAGAUCCUGCAGGAUAAUGGAAAGGAAGAGGGAGCUGAGAAGAAGAUUAUGAAUGCUGCUAGCAAACUCGCUACAAUGGCAGAGUUGUUGGGAACAAUUGCAGAGUCAGACUGUGGAGUCAGGUGUGUGCAGGCAGGCCGCUCAGUAGCAUUUCCCCUGACUUCAGAGAUGCUGAUGGGCGUUGAGAGAUCAGAAAGGAGCGGUGUGAAUCAGAAUAUUCCACAGUACAUUGAAAGCAAACCAAACAGUGGAAAAACUGCCCCCAGAAGUGUGUAUGAGCAAGUUCCUAGGAGGAGGGCUGCAUCUAAUUUCCAGAGGCAGCUAGAGGAUUCAGAACACAGAGAAAUAAAGCCCGUGACUUCUACAGCUUUGCCUUCAGACCGUCAGUGUGGGGGUGAGAGUUGCAGGCCCCCAGACAUCUUGGCAAAGAAUGUCGUUCCUGAUUUUGUUGCACACAGGGGCGAAGGUGGCUUUGAUUUGCACAAGAAGAAAGACCCACCCAGUGGAGCUGGCUCUGAGUCACUUCUUUAUUCAGCCAUCCCCUUCCUUGGAACUGCUGAAAAGAAAUCUUCACCUAGAUGCGUCUCAGGAUCCAUACACACAAGCCUUGGAGGUCCCAGUGAAGUACCAAGGCUCAAAGCAUCUAUUUGUGGUUCUCUAACAGAAACCGAGAGUGCUGUAUCCGAGACGAGUCAGGGUGUGGACACUCCAGUGAAGGAUGAAGAGGGGCCUAGCAGCUCUCCAGGCCAGCUUUCUGAUAGGACUUUACCCUGUGGCGGUCGUCCUCUGUUGUCACAAAGGACUCCGGAGAUGCUGGGGGACUCUGUCGAGUUGAAACAGUUCUCAGCAGCCAGUUGCCUUCCAGAUGCCCAGAAAAGUAAUAUGGUUCGUCGAAGUGGUUACACUCCAGAUCUGCCCAGAGAAACCCUGCAUUCCCAGCAAGGGAAGAUGGCUGCGACUCUGGGAUACUCAUCCCAACAGAACACGGAUGUGUUAAAGCCAGAUUUCAGAAAACUGAGUGGCACAGGACCAUCAUCAGUGUGUCCGAAGCCUUUGAGAAAGUUAACUGCUCCCCUGACGAGCCAACAAGAUAGCGGCUUUGACAGCCCGUUUGCCAAUCUAGACUAAUCAUGUGCCAUGUUCCAGAAGAAUCAUUACUAUUCACACGAGAAACUGGAUAGGAAUACUUUAUACUGAAAAUCAAUUAUGAGGUCUGUAGUUUCAUGUGCCUGAUACUAUUCCUGAGUAAAGUUUUCUCAUUCAGUUACUUGAGGCUUGGCGCUGCCUUAAUCUUGGGGGCCUGGAUGAUGUGCUGUGUGGUGCGUCUGUGUGGUGCUUGUUCGGUUACUCAGCCCUCUACGUUUAUAUUUAUAAGCUGACUUAUUUUGCAGUGUUAAAGUAUUUAAUAAAAUUGUGUGUAAUCUGUA